AUGGCCCUCACAGGCCAUGGACGGCCACCUCAACCACCUAGAGCAGAUUAUUUGGCAGCCCACUUUGAUGCAUUAUGGAGAGCAAGCUUCAUGCCAUUCAUGCUAUCAGACUCAACCAGGGCCACCCACAUCCUGCGUCCUCACUGGCCAAAAUCCGACUCUCUGUUAGUGUGCCUGGAGGCACACUUCUUCCUAUUCCCUCUCAUCUUGAGAGCCUUUGCUGAGUGCCAGCUCACCAAAGCGCAUCAUGCUUCAACAAAUGCUAAUAAACUACCCAUACCCCUUCCACCUCCCACUCACACUGAUAUUGCAUGUGCAGAGGCGGUCUAUAUGGCUGUCUCCCUGCUGGUUUUGCGUCAGAUCAAGGGUUUUUCGAGUGCCAGCUCACUGAAGCGCAUGAUGCUCCAAUGA